UUACAUUCAUUUAGCUGUGACGCCACAAUCUCGCGAGAGGAGAACUGUGACACCGAUAAUAGAGGCAAAUAUUUGGUCAUUGACGGAGUUGCGGAACGUUUAUUUAAGCGGCGAUUCGGCUGCUUUAAUAUUAUUGGCACUGAGCUGAGCUCUGUAGCAAUGACCUGUACAAUAGACAAGAUUCUGCAAGAUGCAAAGACCCUACUAGAGAGACUAAAGGAUCAUGACAAUGCAGCAGAAUCCCUUAUAGAUCAGUCCAGCAUCCUCCAUAAGCGUGUAGAAGCCAUGAAAGAAGUUGGAACAGCUAUGCCAGAAAAGUACCAAGAUGAACUGGCAGAAAUAAAGGAUGCAUCAAAACUGAAACCACAUGUACUGUUGUGCCAAGAAAACACACAAAUCAGAGAUUUACAACUGGAAAACAAAGAAUUGUGGCUGUCCUUGGAAGAGCAUCAAUAUGCAUUGGAGCUAAUCAUGAGCAAGUACAGAAAGCAGAUGCUGCAGCUGAUUGCAAAUAAAAAACCAGCUCCCACUGAACCCGUAUUAGAAGCCCAUAAGACAUUUUCUUCUGAUCUAGAAUGUCAGAUCGAUAGAAUAUGUGUAAUGGGGGAUGUAAUGAGAAAAGCAAUUCAGCUCGAUGAAGACCAGGCAUAUAAUAUACAAGAAAGACUAGCCCAACUAGAGCUAGAAAACAAGGAACUUCGGGAAAUCCUAUCCACAAGUAAGGAACCUCUACAUUCAAGCAAAAAGGAAUCCGAGUGGAACUUUUCAGAGAAAUGAUGGCCUGGUUUUGUUUAAAGAAGCCAAGCUUUUUCCAGGAAAAAAAACAUACUGCCCAGCACUGCAUCUUUGGUGGCAACAAUCUGUCUGGAUGCAACCCAGCACAACAACAUUCAACACAAACUGCAAAGUGCUAGGUUUUUCAUUGUGCAAAGCACAGUAAAACUGAAGAACUGGAACAAAUUGUUUUACCAAUGUUUAUGCCAGUAAAUUAUAAAUCUUAAUGUUAUUUAAAUAUAUUAAGAAAUACAGCUAUAUUUAAUUUUUUAAAUAGUACUAUAGUAUUUGUAUACACAUUUCUGAUUCAGUAGCUAAACAUCUUCUCUUUGUAGGAUGACUGAAUUCCAAAAGUAUUUAAAUUUGUUUUGUCCAGUUUUUUCCUGUGAACCAGAGAUGAUUAAUGUGAUGUAUGGCGAGACAGUCAAAAAAUAUAUAUAAUCUAAAGGCUAGAAAAAUAAUUGUGAUUUGAUUUAAGGUUUAUAAAAAUUAAAAAUGCCCAGUGGGCCAUUUUGACAAGA